CCUCCUUUGAUGACAUUUACUCCUGGUUAAACAGUAGACAUUUGUAUUUGUUUAUCGUUUGAAACAAAACACAUCUCGCUGGUCAAUAAUAAAUUGUCAUUUGUUUAAAAUUUAUAUUGUUAAUGAAUAAUCAAUUGAUUACUACUUCAUUGAGCUAAUAAUGGAAUUAAAAGAACCAAAAAGAAAGGUUUCUCAUCAACGUCGUGAUCUUCCUCUUCCAUUGACACUUGAUAGUGAUAAAAAAAAAAUAAUACAAUAUACAGCACAUCUUGGUGUAUCAGGUACUUGUAUUGUUCAUCCAGAUGAAAUCAAAGCUGUUUAUCACAUGGGAUAUUUUGGCAAAGGAUCAUUAUCAAGAAAUGCUCCUAAUUUUGGUAAGAGACUUUUUGGUGCACCACCAUUGAUUCGUGAACGUCAAUGGAAACGUAGAAAAAUGUGGGUUGAACAAUCAUUUGAAAUGUCUGCUGAUAAUCGUGAUGAAGAACCAAGUGAGGCAGCUGAUGGAGAAAAAGAGAAAGAUCCAAGUGAAGCAGUUGAUAGAGAUAAAGAUAAAGAACCAAGUCAAUCAGUUGAUGGAGAUAAAGAUAAAGAACCAAGUGAAUCUGUUGAUGGAGAUAAAGAGAAAGAGCCAAGUGAAUCAGUUGAUGGAGAUAAAGAGAAAGAACCAAGUGAAACAGUUGAUGAAAAUAAAGAUAAAGAACAAAUUAAUUCAGUUGAUCCAGAUAAACAAAAAGAACUGAGUGAAUCAGUUGGUCAAGAUAAUUCACCAUUGCCUAAAGAAAUAGUUGAUGAACUAGUAGUUGAAAAAAAUCAAUCUGAAGCAUCAUGUUCAAAUGAAAAUGAUAAUACAACAAUUAAUAAUAAAAGCCGAGCAUUAUCAGAUACAUCAAUUGAAAUAAUAUGUGAAAAUGAUGAUGAAAAAGAAACAAAUGAAACAAUAAAGACUGAUGAUUCAAAAACAAAUCAAAAUAAUACCAAAAAUAUAAAAAAUCCAGAUUUAAUUAAUGAUAAAAUAGAUAAUAAAAUUGAUGAAGUUAUAUUAGAUUCAACUGAUGAUGACAUAUCUGAAAUUAUCGCCAAUGAAAAUGAAGAUGAUGAUGAUGAUAAAAAUUCUGUUGAUCAGUCUGAAUUUUCGUUUGAAAAUUGUCAUGAUCAAAUGGAUACUAAUAUAAAUGUUGAUAAUAGAAAUGAAGUUAUUGUUAUUCCUGAUAGUGAUGAUGAUGACAUUGAUAAUUAUAUGAAUAAUAUUAAACCAAGACUUGAAACAGAUGGUUUUCCAAUUGCUGAAACAUUACAAUUAACAUUUGAAGAAACAUUUUUUUUAAUGUAUGGACUUGGUUGUUUACAACUUGUUAAUUAUGACAAUAAUUUUCUAACAAUUAUUGAUGCUUGGAAUCAUUUUAAUCAACAAGAUAAAUAUUUUUUAAUUAAAUAUAUUGUAUAUCAUUAUUAUCGUAGCAAAGGAUGGAUUGUCAAAAAUGGUAUCAAAUUUGGUGGUGAUUUUCUUUUGUACAAAGAUGGACCACCAUUUUAUCAUGCCUCAUAUGUUGUUGUAAUUGAUGUUGCUGAUGCAGAUACUUUAGCAAAAAUUGAAUCGAAAUCAAUAAGACAUUUUACCUGGAAUUCAUUACAUUCUAAAAAUCGUAUUGUUAAUACAUUGGGCAAGGAAUUGCUGAUUGUUGAUGUACUAUGGCCUUCAUCAAUAUCAAUAAAUACAAAUAAUGUUGGCUUGGAAUCUCUAUCUGAAUUUACUGUUAGAGAAACACUCAUACGACGAUGGCAUCCAGAACAAAAAGAUGAUGAAUAUGAUGAUGAUGAAAACUCUGAAAAUGAUGAUUCAACGUAGAUUUUUAUAAAUUGUUGGAAAAGAAAUUCAAAGAAUAUAUAUUUAUACGAUUGAUACGUAAUUU